GCGAAUUCAACAUUAUCAGAUUGGAAGUUGAAUACCGGCGUUUUGCCGAUACCGAGUAUCGACAAAUGUUCCUUUGAUGUCGGUUGUAUUUUGAGCGAUUUGAUCAAGUCCUUCGUGAUGAAUGUGCGCUCACUGCCCACGUCAAACAUGACUGGCACGCAUUUACUGUUACUAUUGCGUUACAGAUUGAGUGGUUUCGUUAGCACUGUCACUUAUUUGGGUGGUGCUAACGUUUGUCUGUAUUUAUGGCGUCGCAUGUUUUCUUUUCUGGUUCUGCAGAAGGCCGAGUUAUGGGAGUCUUUCUUGCAGUGA